GCAUACCAAGCAGACAAAUUCAGCACCAUGGCCGAGCAUUUAAAGGCUGCGUGGUGCCCACCUGGUAUCAGGCCCUUUGCUAAGACACAGAUCGUCUUAUGAUCACAGAUCAAAUUACUAUAGCAUUCUGUCCGUCUGGUGACCGUUUGAUCUACUUCUAAAAAGGCAUGACCUUUCACCCGGAUUCUCUUCCAGACUUGACUGGGAAGGUAUAUCUUGUGACUGGAGGAAACUCUGGCAUUGGCUACUACACUGUCGCCCGGCUUGCAGAGCAUGGAGCACACGUCUAUCUGUGUGCUCGCUCCAUUGAGCGAGGCUCUACUGCCGUCACGGGUAUCCAAACACUAUAUCCGCAAGCUAAAGUGACACUGCUACAGAUGGACCACCUCGAUCUGUCUAGUGUUGUGUCCGCAGCCAAGGAAUUCCUUUCGAGAGAGACUGUCCUUCACGGUCUAGUAAAUAACGCUGGCAUUAUGGCGACUCCCUUUGAGCUAAGCAAGGACGGACAUGAAGCACAGUGGCAAACCAAUUACCUCGCUCACUGGGUUUUAACCUCGCAUCUCUUACCCCUUAUGCUUCGGACUUCACGAACUCUACCACGAGGCAGCGUCCGCAUCGUGAACGUAUCCUCAUCGGGGCAUUAUUUUGCGCCAAAGGUUGGUAUCAACUUUGAAGACACCUCUCUCCGUGAUGCCAACGGAAUGACUCGCUAUGGCCAAUCCAAACUCGCCAAUGCUUUGCAUAUUAAAACGUUGCACAAGUUGUAUGGUCCAGGUUCACCUAGUGCUGUGUCCGGACAAGGCGAGAUCUGGUCUUCGAUUGUCCAUCCCGGUUUGGUAGAGAGUCAGCUUGGCCAGCAUGCGGGUUUCCCAACAUUCAUAAAGGUGCUUGCCGAUUUGUAUGGAAAACUGGGAGGGCGCGUGAAUGCUGACAAGGGCUCAUGGACAAGUGUAUUUUGCGUGGCGAGUCCCGAGAUGAAACCAGAACAGAGUGGAGUGUAUUUCCAAAGGAUUGCGGAGAUUGGAUGGCAAAGUAAGCAGGCCAGAGAUUCAACACUGGCUGCUAAGCUGGAAGACUGGACAAAGGCUGAAAUGGAGAAGAAAGGUUGGCUCAAAUGA